AUGACUGUAGGGGGUCUAAAGCACAUCCAGGUGGUACCGGAGGCACUGGACCUCAUCGAUAUCGUACUCUCUCAGACACAGCGCAAAACCCCCACCGUUGUGCACCCAGGGUAUGCGAUCACUCGGAUUCGGACGUUCUACAUACGCAAGGUGCGCUAUGCUCAGUCAUGUUUUCAUGAGCGCCUGACAAAGAUCCUCAGCGACUUUCCGAUUUUAGAGGAACUACAUCCCUUUUAUGCGGAUAUUUUGAAUGUGCUGUAUGACCGAGAUCACUACAAACUGGCCCUUGGUCAAGUAAGUCGGAUACGCAGCCUUGUGGACAGCUUUGCACGCGACUACGUGCGCCAACUCAAAUACGCAGACUCUCUCUACCGUGCCAAGUGCCUCAAACGAGCCGCUCUGGGUCGAAUGUGCACAACGGUGAAACACCUUCGCCCAGCGUUAGCGUAUCUGGAGCAAGUGCGCCAACAUAUGGCGCGCUUACCUAGUAUCGACCCUAUGACGCGAACGCUGCUGAUUGCGGGCUAUCCGAACGUUGGCAAGUCAUCGUUCUUGAACUGCGUCACCAACGCCAAAGUCGACGUCCAACCGUAUGCGUUCACCACAAAGUCCCUGUUUGUCGGUCAUAUGGAUUACCAGUACCUGCGUUGGCAGGUCAUCGACACACCUGGUCUUUUGGAUCACGCCCUCGAUGAGCGCAACACCAUCGAGAUGCAGUCGAUUACAGCGCUGGCACAUCUCCAGGCGGCGAUUCUGUUCUUCGUGGACCCGUCAGAGACCUGUGGCUACGCCAUAGCCCAGCAACUGGCCUUGCUUCGUUCCCUUCAACCGCUGUUCGCUGACAAGCCUCUUUUCGUGGUAUGCAAUAAGACGGAUCUUGGCUGGGAACAGCAACUCGAUCCGGCAACGUGGACGGCGAUACGGGAAACCGCCGAACAAGUGGGCGCAGAGCUGAUGACGGCAUCCACGAUGGGCGACGACGGAUAUGCAUCGGUGUUCGCGGUUCGUAAUCGCGCUUGUGAACGACUUUUAGCGCUGCGUGUCUCUCUCAAAGUUAGCGGCAGACAAACGGACUCUGUACUGAACCGGCUGCACGUCGCGGAGCCGAAGCUCGUUCGCACACCGCAGAUUCCCGCUUCAGUCCUCGAACGCCGCCAGGCUCUGCGCGAUGCGGACGAUGCACUUAACCAAAACACCGCACCUGAACUGGCCUGCACCUUGUCGACAAGCCGAGCAGGCCGGAAGACGGAGCGUGAACUGGAACGCGACCACGGAGGUGCAGGCGUCUACAGCAUGGACUGGCGCAAGCACUACGACCUAACAGACCCAGCAUGGCGCUAUGACUACAUUCCGGAGAUCGUAGACGGCAAGAACAUAGCGGACUAUGUUGAUCCGGAGAUUCAUCAGAGGCUGCUUGCCCUUGAGCAAGAGGAAACGAUGCGUCAGAGUAUGCUUUCAGACGCCGUCGGUGACGAGCCGCGUGCAGACGUCCCGGUUGAUCAACCGUCAGACACCGAUGUCGCGCUGAUUCGGGAGAAAGCUCGCAACCAGCGACGGCUUCGUCAGCAGCAAGCUGCCCGAGACCGCACCCAACGACCUAAGCUAUCGCGCAAAGCGCUUCUCAAGGUACGCAAGACGUCGCAGGCGGUUGCAAAGCGACCAUGGGGGCGCGCUGUCGACCCAAGCACCACCAAGCAGCAGACCAGAAAAGCAGCUCACUCUGCACCAGUUGUCUAUCGAACUCGAGCUGUAAGCGAUCAGUCCCUGGUUCCUGCUGGUCUGCGUGAUGUUGUGCAGGCUCGCCACGCCCAGAAACUCGUUCAGCGGACGCUGCGUCGCGCGUUUAGCGGACGAGAGCACCGCCAAGGCGAGUCUGAUCGUUUCAUCGGUACGCGCAAACCGCAUCACCUCUUUGCGGGCAAGAUGAGCCUUGGUACGCGUAGUCAUCGCUAA